GAAAUGACAGUGACAGAUAUUAUGAGAACGUAUGGUUUCAAAAUAAACAUUUGCCGAAAUGUUUAAUUUAUCAAAAUAUUGUCGUUCUUCAACUUUAAUUCCUAGAGUUAAACAUGUUUUUACAGGUAAUACCUGUAAUAUUAUUAAAAAUGGGGAAUGUAGGACAUAUACAAAAGCAUUUUUCCGACCACAACUUAUUUCACAUAAAUUAAAUUUGGGAACGUUGAUUAGAGGAAGUACUACAACCGUUCCUAUUAGAUUUGGCUCAAAUAUUUCUAAAGGACAAAAAGCCGUUGGUUAUUGGUUGUUGACAUGUAGCGGUAUGGUGUUUGUGGCAGUAGUUUUAGGGGGUGUAACAAGAUUAACAGAAUCAGGUCUUUCUAUGGUUACCUGGAAACUGUUGGGUGAAAAAAUGCCUUGGACUGAAGCAGAAUGGCAAGAAGAAUUUGAAAGGUAUCAACAGUUUCCGGAAUUCAAAAUAAAAAACAAAGAUAUUAGUUUGAAUGAAUUUAAAUUUAUUUGGUUUAUGGAGUAUACCCAUAGACAAUGGGGCAGAGCCAUUGGAGUAGCGUUUGCGCUUCCAGCAAUUUACUUUUGGGCAAGGGGUAGAUUUUCAUCUAGUUUAAAAAAACGAAUACUAGCAUUUGGUACUCUAAUAGGUGCUCAGGGACUAAUGGGUUGGUAUAUGGUAAAAUCGGGUUUAGAAGACCGUUUUCAAGGUCCCAAUGAUGUACCAAGAGUUUCCCAAUACCGAUUAGCUUCACAUCUCAGUUUAGCGUUUAUCCUUUACACACUUUUCUUAUGGUCGGCUUUGGAUAUAUUAACACCAGCUGCAACAAUCGCAGUAACUAGUAAAUCGAUAAUAAAAGCUUCAAGAAAAUUCAGAAUGUUGGCACAUACUGCUAAAGGUCUGGUAUUUCUCACCGCGGUUUCUGGUGCUUUUGUAGCUGGAUUGGAUGCUGGUUUAGUAUACAAUUCUUUUCCUAAGUUCGCAAAUAGGUGGAUUCCUGAAGAUAUUUUAGCGUUUAAUCCAAAAAUAGUAAAUUUCACAGAAAAUCCUACGACUGUCCAAUUUGAUCAUAGGAUAUUAGGUACAACUACGCUAUGUGUUAUUACAGCCUUAUGGUACAUGUCUAAACGUAGAGUAUUACCACCAAAAGCUUACAAAGCGAUGACACUAUUAGGAGCAUUAGCAUAUCUUCAAGUAACUUUAGGUAUAACUACUUUAUUAACUUACGUACCAGUUAGUAUAGCAGCUUCCCAUCAAACUUGUUCUCUUGCAGUACUUUCUGCAGCAGUUUGGUUAACACACGAAUUGAAAAGAUUACCGAAAAUCUAAUUGUACAGAACUUGUGAUUUUUUUUAUAUAUAAAUAUAUUGGUAUAAGUAUUAAAA